UUUUGCUGCCUUCAGCCGAAAAAAUCUCUCGUGUCUCGCCAUGCCAAGUUUCUGCAAUCUACUCUUAGGUCGCGAUGAAUUACCGGUGGAGCUUUAAGUCUCACUCCUUGUUUUCCUUUAGCCUUUCUUUAAUAUACUUAUAAUACAAUCCCUAAUCCCUAAUUCUCAUAAUUUAUUCUCCUGCGUCACUUUCUUUAUCUCUUAUCGCAUUAUCUAUUCCACCCCUUAAUACUUAGCGCCCUCGCAUCAGCCCUCAGAUAUGCGAUGAUGGUCGGGGUGCAAGUAAUACUAUUGCAGGACUUGUGAUGCUCUUUUAAUACUAUUGGUCAAUUCCAAAUUCAUCAUGGAGAACCGCCUCAGCUUGAAUCUGGUCGACAACACGUCCCCUAACCGUCGACUUUCCGACAACGAGGCCCUUUCUGAAGUCACCACAGCCGAUGAUCUGUCAAGGAGCGCUUCCAGGCGAUGGAAAAAGCCUUCAGUGCGGCGGGAACUGACCAAGCGCAAAUAUAAGAAAUGGCAACCACACAAGCUGGGAAUCACAGACGACGAUGCGGGCAGACUCCCAUCAGACGCAAGGUUGUCCCUGACAGCUACGUAUACUAACACUGAGGGCGAAAGCCUGAUUGACGCUUCUUCCUUGCCUACUACCGACCAACGUGACUUCAAUGCCACUGAGGUGGACACCAGCGGUCAAGAGUCAGUGAUCGGUCAUGGUGUUAGCGGCCUUCGGCCCGGUAGCGAACUGGAUAUUCUCUACGAGAACCAGCGAGGCUGGUUUUUCUUUGGAAUCCCCCUCUACUCUCACGGCUCGCUUCUUAACUUCGACCCAGCUGCCUGGGUUACCCACGAUCUCAGAGAUAGUCCAGUCAAUAUCACGAACGCCCAGCUGCCGGAUCCGAGUUGGGAGUGGGCUUGGAAGACAUGGUACGUAGACAUGUCUGGCGACGUGGAUGACCAAGGCUGGCAGUAUUCUUUCUCAUUCAGCUCAUCAGCCUGGCAUGGGUCCCAUCCUUGGUUUCAUUCGUUUGUUCGCAGGCGGCGAUGGGUUCGACUACGGGUUAAAAAGGCCUCGGAAAGAAGUCGCCGUGGCCGGUCAGGCUUUGAGAUGGCUCAUAUGCUCAACGAAGACUACUUCACUAUUCAUACCUCGAAGAAGAGGAGAGCAGUAAGUGCGGGUCGGGCUUCUCAGGGUCCAUCUACCCACUUGAGUCGAGCCACAGCCACUGUGGAUGAAGGGGUUCCUUUAGAAGAGAUUGGGAAUAUUCCUACUCUCAUGCAUGCCCUGAAAAAUGCGAGGGUAGACCGUGAGAAGCUAGAUACUCUUCGAAGGUUUGUGGAGGAGGGAGGCCAAGAGCUGUACUACUUGGAUGGAAAGAUCCAAGAUAUAAUGUCAAUAUUCGUCUUCCAAGCCUCGCGGUGGCAACUGGUGAUGUACUUAACUGGCGUCAUUGACGAGCUGUCCAAAAAGAUAUCUGAGGCAACUGGUAUGGACGCUGAGGGACUUCGACAGCAGAAAGACUUCCUCACAAAAGCUGUGGAUACAGCUAAGCAUCAUCUCACUGGGCCCGAGAUCUUCUCUCCAGAGGGCCGAGUGUCCUCUCCGGAAAUGACAGAGAUGUUGGAUUUGACUCCGGUAGCGAAGAGGGUAAGUUUGUUGGCCAAAUCUUCAGGGAGAUUCUCCCGCGAGCCGAUAGACAAUGGUGGAGAGAUCAAAGGCAUUCCCCAGGCAGCAGAAAUCGGGCGCGAAGGGCACAUUUUUCAGUAUUCAUCUUGACCUUUUUGGUUGUAACACAGUUUAGUAUACCCGGUUUG